UUACAGUCGACUGAUGUAGUUUAAAAUAACCACAACCAUUAACUGGUGAUUAUUUAACAAUAAUAACACAACUUAAAUGAAUCAAGAAGUAAUAUUAUUCCUAUAGUCUUUCAGUGUUAUUUGGUUUACAGUGUAGGUAGUACCUAAUCGACUAUGUGCCAGCAAAAAGAAAGUGACGAUACGAACAGCACAGAUAUUGUGAAGAAAGAAGAAAGCAAAGUGACUAAUUUCGUGAAAAAGUGCAAUAAAAUUAGAAAAGUAAUCACAGUUGAACCAUUAAUAGGUCUCUAUCAAUUUGCUAUUUAUAUAUCCAAGCCAGCGCUAGAAAAUCUCGAACUAGAGAAGGCAUGUAGGGUGAAUUUCAAAUAUAACGACACUGUGUGCGAUGCAAUUCUCUCGGGGAACCACGGGAAUUAUUCACAACAAAACGACAACAUGCAAAUAAUAAUCAGCAAAAUGCACGCCUGGCAACAACCUAUACAAAGCUUCUUCCCUUUGAUACUCAUAUUAUUCCUCGGCUCUUACAGCGAUAGACACAAAUGGCGGAAGCCGUUCUUCAUUUUCCCCCUAGUCGGCGACAUUUUGGGAUAUUUAGGAAGCAUUUUAUCAGUCGCAAAUAUGCGCGUUUGGUCACUGGAAGUGCAAGGGUUCUUGAACAAAAUCGUACCAUCGAUCUUUGGCACCCAGCCGAUGAUCGUUAUGGCCACGACUUCUUACAUAGCCGACGUCAGCACCAGGGAGGACAGGACGUUAAGGAUCGGCCUGGCGACGCUCGUCAUCAACGUGACUAUUCCAGUGGCUCAGGCGAUAUCUGGUAUCCUGUUCAAGAAAAUGGGCUAUUUUGGCGUUUUGAGCCUAUCCUGCGUUAUUCUGCUGACAGCGUUCGUGUACGGGGUGUUCUGGAUAACGGAGACAUCCUCGUUCAAGGAAAAGAGGAGGACUUGUCGUAUAUCGGAUGUUUGUAAUCCCAAAGAUGCUCUGAGCACGUUGGCUAUUGUGUUUAAGAAGGAUCCUUUUAUGGGCCGAUUGCAUUUGUUGUUGGUGCUAGCUGUUUUGCAAAGAUCCGCUUCCGAUGGUGAAGAAAAUAUGACAUACUUAUACGUUCAGAAAAAAUUUCAGUGGACUCCGGUGGAUUAUAGUUACUUUCGUACUACACAAAGUAUUGUAACACUUCUUGGCAACAUCUGCGGAUUAUAUUUAUUCGUGAAAAUUUUAAAAAUGAACGACUUAGUUAUACUAUUUAUAACGGUAUUUACUAGAGUGAUGUCUCAAAUUAUAUUCGGUUGUGCAAAUACAUCGGUUAUUUUCUAUUCAGGAAUACUGCUGGUUGUAGUAACGAGGCUAAACAGAAUAGCUAAGAGAUCGUACGCUACAAAAAUCGUUUCUGAACAGAAUAUAGGCAAGACAAUAUCGCUGUUAGGUAUAGCAGAGGCUCUAGCCCCUGUUAUUGCCGUACCUAUAUAUAAUAUAAUUUACCAAAAUACAUUGGAAACGCUUCCAUCGACUAUAUAUUUCUUCAGCGUGUUACUGUACUCUCUGUGCUGUUUUAUUAUAAUAGGCAUGUAUUGGAUGGAUAAAAGAAGUCAAAAAACCGAAGAAAGCGUUCGUAACAAUACGGAGGAGACGAUUAUUGAGUCUACUUAUAUAUAACUUU